AUGAGGUAUUUAGCGCUGUGGGCAUUCAUCGUGCUUCUCACUUUCACGGAAGGACGAAGAAGAGUUUACACGGAGGAGGAUGAAGCAAAAUAUCUUCAACAGCUGAAACAACAAGAACUUCAAAAUUUUGAAAUGGAGAUGAAACAACAGUCUGAGCAAAGAGGUGCAAAGUACUCUAGUAGUAUGUUUGGAGUGCAGCUGGAUGGUGGAAGUUUCGAGGCAGAUGAGUUACCAAGUGAAUUAAGAGGACCAACUGCUCCCUGGAAUAGAAAAACUCAAAAAACUUCAAGAAAUGAUCAAACACAAGCACUGGCUCUAAAAUCUCAACCUUCCACCGAAUCUUCCUCCCGUUUUGUGAAUGACAUAACCGACGGCUUUGGUGAAGAGGACCACUGGUGUUAUUAUUGUGCCAGUCCAGUCGAGAAAAUCAAGCUGGACAUGAGGAAAUCCAUCAAAAACUUGCUUGUUAUGCGAAGGACCGCCUUCCCAUUAGAUGCCGUUACACCUGACUGUUUGUCUGGGAAGAACAAGACAAACCUGAAAAAACAAAAAUGUACGUACAAGUAUUGUCAAACGCUGUCAAUUGUUGAUAGAAAUGCUGGAAACUCUUUUGUCGUUCGUGGAUGUGCUGAGCAUUUUGGGGCAAUUAAUGUGCCGGAGCUGGAAAAGAAGAAUGACUAUUCUUGCGACAUGAUUCAUGAGAAGCUGGAAAUCAAGGAAUGUAUCUGCAAAAACAGCAAAUACUGCAAUGCAGGAUGGGGUAAACGAAGCGCAAACGGAGUGUUCCAGCAAUUUCGUAUUGGAUUCAUAAUAAUCUUCGUUAUUUUCUCACUUCUAUUUUAA